UAAAAUGCAUUUAUUUGCUUUCCUAAGUCUUAUAUUUAGUAUAUCUGGUCAGAUUUUGAAGCCUGAAUUUUUCGAGAAGAAUCGCCAAACGUGCGCGAAGGUGGCAAAGAACCCUUAUUUCGAUAUAGACAUGGUAGUCGGUAAGCCGUGGCGAAUUUAUUACACUUGGAAUUUAAAAUUGGACACUAAGUGCUUGGACAUGGUUAUCAAAAAUGCUACUCGCGGGACAAUUAAACGAAUCUGGGCAGAUAUGAACGAGUACUUGGAACAGCAGCCGACCUGGGAAGCGGCGACCCUUCACAUGACUAUGGGAUCUGCGAAACAUGAAGUUCUACUUUUUGCUGAUAAUGGACCAGCUGGAGCAUUCUUAGCAGUUCCUAACGUUAUCAGAGAUGCCAAUAUAAAUCCAUUACGUAAAGCGGUCCCCCUUCUAAAGUUCCAAAUGAAAUUACUUCGCGAAGGCAAGUUCCUCCUAUUAAUGGAUUGUCAUGUUGGUGGGGCGUCCCUCUCAGCGUGGUCUGAUCAUCCACCAUACCGUUCAGAGAUCGCCGCGGAGGCGGCUACCCUGAAUAUUGGUGAUGGGUAUCCAGCAUGUACCAAAGAAAAGAAUAAAGAGGAACAGUUUUUUGUAAAAUAAUUAUUUUAA